CAGAGGGAAAGCGGGCCCCGGGUUCACAUCCCGUACCCCGCCCCAUCCCAGCCCCGGAGCGAGGGAGGAAGCGGCUCCGGAUGGAGGGUGAAGUGACAAUCGGAGAAGGAAAAGCAGCCUUUCCUCCUGGGGGGACAGAGGCCGCCGGGCGAGCAGAGCGAACCUGCAGAGGGCGGUUUCUCUCCUCUUUUCCUGUCCCACCCAUUCGGCCGGCCCGCCCACCCCCACUCGCUGGCCUCCGCAGCUAACUCUGCGCGUCUCUCCGCGGCUUCCUGCACUGGGCGCCCUUCGGUGGGUCUGCGCGAACCUCCACGGUUCCCGCCCCCCUCGAGUUCAAAAGGACUCGCUGGGUGGCGCCGGCCCUUCCGCGCCAGCCCGUCCGACUAGUAAGGUGAGCACGUGGAGGAGGGGAGCCGAGGAGGGCGGAGAGCCAGGCGAGCCCGAGCGCCCACACUCGCACUGCAGCCGCCCCGGCCCGGGAAGGAACUGAAAUCGAGCGGGGCCGCAGCUCGGCCCUGGGCUGGAGCCUCCUGUCUCGGCUGCUGGGCUACCCCGAGUGCAGAUCUGCUAGUGCCUCAAGGUGCCCAUCUGCUUGCUGCAAUGACUAGCUUCCCAACCACGCCUUCUCCAAGAGAACUGACCACCCCAAUUCAGCAGGUCACUGAGACUCUGCCCCCAGAUGUGGAAGCCAGCACAGCGCUCAUUGCAGUUGUUAUCACCGUGGUCUUCCUCACCCUGCUGUCAGUCGUGAUCUUGAUCUUCUUUUACCUGUACAAGAACAAAGGCAGCUACGUCACCUAUGAACCUGCAGAAGGAGAGCCCAGCACCAUCCUUCAGAUGGAGAGUGAAUCAGCCAAGGGCAGGGAGAAGGAGGAAUAUUUCAUCUAGUGAUCCCCAGGCCUCAAGGAGCUUAUCCAGGCUCCAGUGCUAACACACUGACUAUUUAUUAGGUGAAACUUCUAUCUGAAACCAGUGAGAAGCAUUGAUUGAUACGGGCAAACCUGAGCUCCUCCCAGGAGGAGGCCCAAAUCCAGCAUCCCUGACCCCAGGAACCAGGGGCAUGGAGAAAGCUACUUAUGUCUUUAGGCAGGCCUUUGCACACUGCAGUGUUUGUGACUGACCAACAAGGUGGACCCAUACUAGGCAACAUUUGAGUAUGUGCCCAGUCAUCUUCAGUUUUUUCACAAGUCAAAGGGGAGAAGGGGAGUUAGGGUCACCGGCUGCUCCUCUGUCCCCUGCCUGGUCACCUAGUGAUAGCCCGAGUGGAGAUGGCAUCCAUACUCCUUCCCAGAAGCUGGAUGCCACAGUGAAAGGCCAGGCCAGGAGAGACAGGCCAUGUAGAGACCUUACCUCCUGGUCAACGUGCAGCAUCCCUUCAUCUGAGUCCAUCCUUUCGGUAUUCCCUCAUGUCGUACUUAAUGCUAUUUUUAUCAGAAUUAAAAUUUUUCAUUGACUCAGAAA